UUGGUUAAAGAUUCCCUCCCUCUCAUUAGAGACCGUUGUAUAUUGCAUUGUACCAUCCAACUCCAAUUUCAAACACCGCACCAUGCCCGCUCUCCCAAAGCGAACCCGAACGGCGGAGCCCGCGGCCGUGGGUACCAAUGAAACGCCGCACGAACACAAGAUGUCCGAGUACGAGCUUUCGAGAGAGCAGAGAAUCCGCGAAAACCGCGAGAGAAUGGGAAAGUUAGGCAUCUUCGACCUUUCCCUCACCCUCAAGCUCAACACCAAAAAAUCUUCCAGAUCCUACUCCUCCCACAACCACAAACCCUUCUCUCCACCCCUCCGCCCCCAUCGCCGCUCUUCCAGACUGCAGAAUGUAACUCCCGUUAGUUACUCUGAAGCUCCCAUCAAGAAAGCCGAGUUUGUGGAAAAUGGAAGGGUCGUCAUCGAAGAGGGUUCCAAGCCUGAGGCUUACACUGAAGAACACGACAAGCUGCUCGGAAACACCGACAAACCCUGGACGACGCUCUUCGUCGAUGGCGUUGGGAAAGAUGGAAAGCGAAUUUAUGAUUCCGUUCGUGGUAAAACUUGCCAUCAGUGCAGGCAAAAAACUCUUGGUUAUCGUACACAUUGUAGUCAAUGCAAUUUGGUCCAGGGGCAGUUUUGUGGAGAUUGCUUGUAUAUGAGAUAUGGGGAGCAUGUGCUUGAAGCCUUACAGAAUCCAACUUGGCUAUGCCCUGUUUGUCGUGGAAUUUGCAACUGUAGCUUAUGUCGUCAAGCUAAAGGAUGGGCCCCAACUGGCCCUUUAUAUAAAAAGAUAUCAGCAUUGGGUUACAAAUCAGUUGCACACUACCUUAUUCAAACCAGGCGCUCAGUAAAUGGGGAGAAAAAUGCAGAUGCUUCCAACCCAGUUUCAGCAAAAAGGUCACUACCGUUCUCUGAUGUGGACGACAAGAAGUCUCCUGAGGCCAAUGAGAAUCUGGGAUUAUUGAAGCCUCUGGCUGAAACUGAAGGUGAUGGUGCUGAGGUUUCAGCAAAGAGAUCGUUGCUUUUCUCAGACGAGAAAGAUCAGCCUGAAAAAGUUGAGUGUUCUGAUACCCCGAAACCUCUUCAACUUAAAAAAAACAAGUGUUCUGAUACCAAGAAGCUGCUUGCUUCUUCCUCCAAACCUAGCUCAGACAGUAUUGCUGGAAGACUUAGGUCCAGGCUCAAAAAACCAUGAGAGUUUUUUUUUUCUUUUUCCAAUUUUAACCUGGGAUAUACGUGCUUACUUUCCAAGAAAACAUUACAUAUUGAGAUAGCUGGGGUUGGUAAUUUGGCAUGAGAACCUUUUUUGUCAAAGUAAUGGUAAUAUGUUCUGGUGCUUUCAUGCAUCACUUUUCUUUUUUAAACGGAGUAAUAUCACGCGUGUUUCUCUUUUAA